AUGAUUUUCGACGAAUCGCAGAGCGGAGGCGGCGCAAAGGCCAGCUGGAGAUUCGGCUUGACAUCUGAUAUUGAGAUGUCGUUCGAGACAAUCUCGGUGCGGAUGAACCGCAGUGAUCCUAGUAUUCGAUGGGGAUUCACAUUACGUCAGCAGGGGAACAGAAUCACUGUGGCAACGGUCGACAAGGACUCUCUUUCGGAUAAGGCUGGGAUGAAAAGCGGCGAUGAAGUGGAUGCUGUUUGUGGAAGAAAUGCUAUGAAUAUGGGCGUGAACGAGGCGAACAACAUCAUCGACUCAUCUUACCAAGAAGUGCAUUUUAAUCUAAGACGGUUCGUGACAUCACACACUUGCCUACCGUGGACUCUCACCGAGCAGGACAACAAACUGGUCGUUGACGAUAUGCAACCUGGAUACGGCUCUGGAUUUGGCGGUGAUUACGGUCUCAAUAGCUACGGCCGUUCCACCUCAGCGCAUACGAAAUCCUCAUGGGAUAAGUCGAACCAACGAAGUACGUCAGUGCCGUAUCGGUCGAACUAUCAGAGCAAUUACUCGACGCAAAGUUCGACUCGUGGUGCACCACAUUAUGGCAGCUAUGUGGCUACAAACAGUCAGCCACGGAUGUACCAUAGUCCAUCCACAUAUUCUCGGCAGGAACAAUCCAGCUACAGUAAAACGCAGAGCAACUCAAAAUCGCAGGGUAACGGGCAUAUUCCUGGCUACUCCAUCCAUACUAAAACUAACUUCACUCCUGGUGACAAUGUAAGACCUCAUGGAAUUGGGUUUACCUCUGGCGACAAUGUAAGACCUAGUGGAGCCGGCGACAGAGGCUCUUCAAACGUAAAUCCUACGUAUACGACAAAUUUCGGUGCCCAACGACAUCAAACUUCGCGUACUUCGGAAACAAUUCAACCGCCAGCAGCUCAAAACUAUAGUUUCAACAAUGGUGUUACAACCACUGCCUACAAGCCAAGUUCUGGUGGACUGCCGUUGAAUCAAGCGACUUUCAUUCAAACAUCGCAACUUUCACCUUCAUUACAUUCUAGUGCCGUUUCUCCAGGAGGAACAAAAAUUCUGUACCACUCGCCAUCGCCACGGACACGGCAGCUACUCUCUCCCUACGCUGAUAUUCAGCAUUUACAGUAUAAUUCUCCAAUGAAUGUUUAUUCCGCGGAGUCAGCAGCUGAGCAGUACACACAACAGACAGGACGACCUAUUGAGGUGCCAAGCUACCGAACAAAAUCACCAGCGUAUCUUACAUCUGAAACAAAGAAGUUAAUCGAAGCGCAAGAACACAAUCGUGGUCAUCGCAUCGCUUCGCCCUCGGCUCAAUCAUCCUCUUUCAAAAGGAUUAGUCAAGCAGUGGGAGAACCUAUAAAUUAG